CACACACACACACACACACACACACACACACACACACACACACACACACACACAGAGCUGAGUCUCAUGUAGAAAAAAACUAUUCCUAUCAGUUUGAUCAAAAAGUGUACGAGGAAUGUUGAAAGACACUUUCACGACUCGACAAAAAUGCCAAAACGUCUCGUCACUGGAUGUUUCCUCACUGUUCUGCUCUUUUCCUGCCUUCACCAACCGUGUGUAAGAGGGUGUUUCCCCGCGGUGAAGGCAACCCGUAAUGACCUUUACCGCGCUGAAGGGGGCAGCAUUUCUCUCUUUUGUGAUGUGGUGCACUGUGAGACGAAAUGGAGUGGAGGAUGGGGGAUUACACAUAAAGAUUUUACUUUUCUGACCCCGUCUGCACGAGUCCAUCUGACCAACGCCACCUUCCUGAAAAACACCACACGCCUCUACCUGAACAUCUACAACCUCAACCAAUCAGAUUCUGGGGCAUACAAAUGCAACAUCAAAUGGGAGCGGGGUGACAGUCAGGGUCAUGUGACACACCUCAACGUGACCUCUGCUCAGUACAUGCCUGAACCCGAGGGGAGGAAACUCUCUUAUAGGCUGAUGGUUUGUGCUGCAGCAGGUCUGUGUUUUUCUCUAACUCUCACUCUGGUUUGCUGUUUCUCCUGCAAUCGUCAAUCUGCACCUCCUGUUCCUCCUCCACGCUCCCAGAGCAACUCCAGGGCUCGUGUGAAACCAAAAGCAGAUGUGGUGUACGCAGCACUGACUCUGGAUCACCUGGGACAGCCAAGCACAAGUCAAACAGAGAAUACACCGGUGACGACUAUCUACUCCACGCUGAACUUCUCCAAGACCUGAUCCUCUCAGGAAGACAACUGUUGUGUGGUCUGCAGUGUGUUUAUGCUUCGAUUAGCUCUCAGGAACUCUCACUGUGGUAUUAAUAAACUCAAAACCUACUCACCUUUGAGGAACAUAAAUUAAAACACUGUAUAGCCAAAGGUUUGUGGACAUCUAACUGUGCUUUUUGUGUAUCCUCUUCCACCUUUAGUUUCUGUUUGCUGUUAUAAUAAGCUCCACUCUUCUGGGAAGAUGUUCCACUAGAUUUUGUUAAUGAUUUCUGUGAGUUAGUAAAGUCAGGUACUGAUAUUGGUACGGUAAGAAAGCCUGGAGUGCUCAGUAGGGCUGAGAAGGUCUGAGCUCAGAUGAUCUUCAGGGAAUCUUAAUUCAAGUGAAUUUUAUUGUGCGGCAUCCAAAGACUUGUUAAAAAAUUGGGUGCCUCCAACUUUGUGCGAAACCUUCUGGAAAAAUCAUGUACGGGUGGAAAAGUGUCCAAAUAUAAAUGCACAUGGUGUAUUUAUAUGCCCCAAAUUCAAUUUGUAUGUAAUUACACACACACACACACACACACACACACACACACACACACACACACACACACACACACACACACUGUAUAAACCAUCACCAAGGUUUAUGUUGAUAAACCUUUUAGACUAGGGUGAAAUGGUGUAGGAUGGGGUGGGAUUUGGUCAAAUUUGGAUGGACUGGGAUGUGGUGGGAUGAGGUAGAAAAGGCUUAGUCCUGUCAGUAGUGUGGGAUGGGGUAGGAUGGGGUGGUAUGGAAUGAGAUAGGUUAGGUAAGGUUGGGAAGUGGUAGGAUUAGGUUAUGAGUAGGAUAAAUUGAGAUGAUGGUAAUGGGGAUGCAUGGUAUGGGGUAGAAUAGGAUAGGAUGGGAUUAGAGGUGGAAUGAGAUGGGAAAGGAUGGGAUGGGAUGAGGGUAAAGAGAUUGGGGUAGGAUGGAUGAGGUGGGAUGGAAUGAGGUGAGAUGGAAUGGAAUUGGGUGGGAUAAAGUGGAAUAAGAUGGGAUGGGAUGAGGUGGAAUAAAAUGGGAUAAGGUGGGAUGGAAUGAGGUGAAAUGGAAUGGGGUGGGAUGAGAUAAGGUGGGAUGGGAUGGAGUGUGACGGUAUAAGGUGGGAUAAAAUGUGAUAAUUAAAUGGGAUGGGAUGAGAUGGAAUAGGAUGAGGUAGAUUUGGGUAGGAUUUAAUGGGAUGAGAUAAGGUAUGAUGAAAUGGGGUGGGAUGGGAUGGGGUAGGAUGGUAUAGGAUAAGGUAGAUUGGGGUAGGAUGGAAUGGGAUGAGAUGAGGUAGGAUGAAAUGGGGUGGGAUGGGAUGGGGUAGGAUGGUAUAGGAUAAGGUAGAUUGGGGUAGGAUGGAAUGGGAUGAGAUGAGGUAUGAUGAAAUGGGGUGGGAUGGGAUGAGAUGGGAUGGGGUAGGAUGGUAUAGGAUGAGGUAGAUUGGGGUAGGAUGGAAUGAGUUGGGAUGGGAUAAGAUGGGAUGUGGUAGGAUGGAAUGCAAUGAGGUGGAAUGGGAUGGAGUGUGAUGGUAUAAAGUGGAAUGAGGUGGUAUGAAAUGAGGUGGGAUAAGAUGUAAUGGGGUAGGAUGGGAUGCAUGAGGUGGGAUAAGAUGGGGUGGAAUAAGGUGGGCUGGGAUGAGAUGGGAUAGGAUGUAAUGCGAUGGUAUAAGGUGGGAUAUAAUGGGAUGGGGUGGGGUAGAAAGAGGUGGGAUGGGAUGAGAUGGGAUGAGGUAGAAUGAGGUGAGAUGGAUUGGGAGGUAAUUAUUUAUGCAACACCCAGUAGUGCAGCCUGUUCUGUUGUUGAUCACAUGAGAUCAUCAAACGUGCAGGAUUUUUUUCUGAUUAAAAGAGACGAUACGUUUGACACAAAAUACAACAUUUUAUUUAUAAUAAAUUCUCAGUGGUACACAACAUAGCAGAAUAUACAUGUAGAGAACAAUCUGUCCUCCGUCUGCACUUUCCCUCAUUAAUAUUUUUCACUGAAACACCAAUCAAUACAUUCAAUCAAACUCCUGAGUCUACAUACGCUCUCGCUCUCUCACUCCGACACACUCGAUUUAGCAGGCUUUAGCAGGCUAACACAGCAUUUAAGGGGCUAGCAUGGUGCUUCAGUGGGUACCAUGACAUUUCAGCAGGCUAAGACAGUGUUUAAGGGUCUAGCAUGAUGUUUCAGAGGCUAGCAUGAUGCUUCAGAAGCUUACAUGUCAUUUCAGCAGCUAGCUUGAUGUUUUAGUUGCUAGCAACAUUUCCGUUUCUUUCACACGUCAGAAAAGUGCUGUUUUUUUGCUAACUCUUUAUAGAAAUAAAAAUCAAAACCACACAUUUACAAAGUCACAAUGUUUUUUUUUUUUUUUUUUUAUACAUAUGAAUAAAGAACCAGAGCUGAAGUUGGCAUGUAGUAAUUCAAGUGUCAGCAAAAACUGAAUAAAAUGAAACAUUUUUCCUUCAUGAGAAUCCAGAGGAAAAGAAAAAAGUGUAAUAUUGAUAAAUAUAUAAGAUUUUUUUAGGGUAAUAAUUUCAGGAAAGGAUCACACACACACACACACACACACACACACACACACACACACACACACACAGUCCUUCACUUCUUUAAAGUGUUUUUUGUUAGAUAACUAGCAUUAACCUCGGACUAGUAUCGCAGUUCCAAUUCGUUUCAAGUUAGCCAGCUGAGGUGCAGCUAGACAUCUUGCUGCCAUAAUAAAAAACUAAAACUUCUUUGAUUAGCUCUUAAUGCUAGCUAGCAUAAGCAUUAUAUUAUGUUAUUAGCUAAGUUAGCUAUUGUGAAGUACCGUUAACAUCAGCGCCUGACUGGUGAAACUGUUAUGAGCCAGCUAACAUCUCUCACCUCUAAAGGCCAAUCAGGAUUAUGUUAGCUAGCUAAAUAUAUCAUUAGCCCUCUUUAGCUAACUGAAUCUUAGAAAUAAAGUCAUAUUAGUUUUAUUUUACUUCAAAAAUUAUCCUAGAACUUGGCCAACAUGUGCUAGCAUGUUUUUUUUUUUUUUUUUUAAUCUAGCUAGCCCAUAUUACUAGCUAGCUAAUUUAGCUAAUAUUAGCUUGCUAACCAAAAAAUAAAUAAGAUUCAGAAUGACUAUGUCUGAAAUUUAACUUAGAUUUCUUUUUAAUAUUAAUAUUAUAUUGAUAGAAAAAUAACAAUUGCAUUUCCUUAUACUUAUAUUUCUAUACAUAUCUAAAUAUAUAUUCUCUUUUGUAUAAUUACGCAUCAUAAUCUGUACUAAACGAUAUGGCCAAAAGUUUGUGGAUACCUGACCAUGUGCUUUUUUUAACAUCCCAUUCCAUAUUUAGUCCCCAUUUGCUGUUAUGAUAAGCUCCACUCUUCUGGGUAGAUGUUCCACUAAAUGUUGUGUGAGGUUUAUUCAGCCACAUAGGUGUUAGUAAAUUCAGGUACUGAUGUAGGUGAGGAGGUGAGGACGCCUGGGGUGUCAGAUUAAUUUGACAGAUUUUAUUUAUUUUUAUGUUGAUUUUUAUAUUUGUAUUUUCAUGCCCUGGCUAAUCGAUAUCAUGUUGAUUUUAUGUGUGAUGAAUCUGCAGUCAGCAAACCUGGGUUUUUAUUUUAUUUCAGCACUAUUUUACUCUUACCCAUUGUGUCCCAUUGCGAGCGUACGCAUACGCAUUAAUGAUAGUCGAUAAGACGGAUAGCGACUUUUUACGCAGAUUUAUGCCCAACCAAAAUAAGCUAUUCGUCAGUGUUGCACCAGUACCUCCCACACACACACACACACACACACACACACACACACACAUACACGUAUAUCUCCAAUGUCCAAUGUUCCAACUCUUCAAUUGACCCAAGGACAUUUUUGUAUGUUUUUUUUGUAUUAAAUGAGCACUGAACAGGGCAGCAUCAGUAUUAUGGCUGAUAUCGAGAAGGAUUUGGAAUCUGUAUAAACAUAUGAACAAAAAAACGCUGGCUCUGAAAGCGUCUUCUGUACUGUACAUUUAACUAUUACACUGAUCAUUUUUGACUGAUAUUGUCGGUUUGGUCACAGACAAGUGCUGUAAAAGUACUAAUGCAAGAUAAAAGUAGCACAUUGGGAAAUAAAGUACAUUCAACAUCUGUGAACAAUUUAAAAAAAGUCUUUUAUGGUUUUUGAGACAUGUGCAUGCUCCUUUUGUUUCUAUGAAAUAAACUUGGUAAAAGACAAAAAGAAGAGAAAAAAAAAAAAAAGAAGACAGUGAAUCCAAUUGUCCAAAUUGGACAUUUGUGUCUCAACCAGAAGAACUUGUGUAAGAAGGAGAACAGGAGAGAAGAUGUGAUCAGACUCCCUCACCCCACACUCACACAUGGAGGUGGAAAAUUAAUGGUUUGGGGUUGUUUUGGAGCAGUGAAAGUUCCGGAAAGUGAACCAACAUGGCUCCCGUUCCACACAAUACAGUUCCGUCUGCACUGCGGCUCAUCAAAACUGACUUCACUGUACAACAAGACAAUGAUCAGAAGCGCACGUCUGAGUUCUUAAGUUUAAUUUAUCCAUUAUGGAAUGACCUGACCAGUCACCACACCUCAAUCCUACUGAGAUGAACUGUAUCGUAAAUAAAAUUGUGUUUUUUUUGUUUUUGUUUUUUUUUAUGUUGAAAGUGUGUAAAGCUGGUAUUCAUGCUAAGGGAGGAUUUUCCAAUUAAAAUAAACAUGGACAUUUAAAUAUUUGAUCGGUCAAAGUUAAUCUUUAUACUGUUACAUUACCGAGUUUAUUGCAUAGAAACGAAAGGAACGUGUCUCUCAAAAAAAAAAAAAACUCCACAUGUAAUACAGCCUAAUAAAAUAAAUGUCAUGUCUUGUGCAUAUUUAUAUACUAUAUAUACAUAUACAUUAUGCUGCCUAAAGACAUCUAAAACGUUGCCAGCAAUGUAAAGGUCUCAUGUUCAUUUAACAUUUGUGAAGAGCUACAUGCCGUUUCAAAAAGACAUAAGCGUAAGUUUGUGAUCCAUUUACAUUUGCGCACUUACAAUUAUUCGAGGUGUUGAGGGUUAAGGGCCUUAACCCUUGGUGGUGCUGGAAAUUAAACUUGUGACCUUCCAAUCCAAAGUCCAAUGCCUACCCCACUAAGCUAAAGUCUGUAGUAUUUUUUUUUUUUUUGUACAA